GGUGCGCGUGCGACGGUCGCUUUACGACUGCCAGGGUCGGAUCCGCUUCCGGAGUGAGCCACCCCGAAGGCAGCCGUUGCCGCCGCUCGCCGUUCCCCGUAACCUGGAGACGCGACAGCGCCGUUCGGCGAUGGGCGGGAGGCGAUUGUGACAGGCGGCGCUCUCCGUGCCCGCCCCCUCCUCCCUGCCCGGGCAGAGCGGGCCCCUCCAGGCCUGUCGGGAUGGAGGAGGAGAGCAUGGAGGAGGAGGGGGGCGGCGGAGGAGCGGGAGGCGGCGGCGGAGGAGGAGGAGGCGGAAGCGUCAGUAGCAGCAGCAGCAGCUACGAGGCCUUAAUGGACGACCAGAACCACAACAACUGGGAAGCAGCAGCAGCAGCAGGAGGAGGAGGGAGCUACGGGCAGACGCGGCGCCGGCCGGGCUCUCCGUCCCCCGGGGAGCCCCACAGGGCCUCCCUGUCGCCCCACGAGGAGCUGGAGAUCCACAUGAUGUCCGAGGCCGCCAACGGGCCAGGGAAGGGCUGCGAAGCCACGCCGGUCAAGGGGGGCUCCAGCAUCAACCUCAACAUCAACCCCUCGGCCUCCAAGUUCUGUGAGUGAGAGAGAGGCCGAAAAGGGCCGCCCUCCUGGCCAAGGGAGGCCGUGGCCCAAGCGGCCGUGUUCUGCGCCACCUCCAUCCCGCCCCCACCCCGGUCGAUCUGUUGGGGAGCUGGGCUGAGCAGAGGAGGUCAGCUUGGUUCGUGCUCCCCCUUGCACGGAGCAUCCCGGCCCAUUGGCCCGUUUUUCAGGUCGUCAGAAAAGCCCUGCUGCAUCUGGCCAGGGGCCCAGCUAGUCCAACAUCCUGUUCUCACCGUGGCCACCCAAAGAUGUCCCAGGGUGGCCACAUGCAGGGUCCUCCGCAAAUAGCGGCUCGCAGAAACCGACAUUCAGUUUACAGCCUGUAAAUCCUGUGGCAUUGCUCUGUCGUUGCAUCUUAGUGAAAGGAUGGGGGGUUUUUUUGCGGGGAUGGGUGGGUAAUAACCACAGUUGCUCUCUGGGGUAGUAAUAAUAAUAAUAAUAAAUUUUAUUUAUACCCCACCCUCCCCAGCCAAGGCUGGGCUCAGGGUGGCUAACAACCAAUAAUGAAACAAGUUGAAUGAAUACAACUUAAAAGCAAGAUUAAAAUACAUUAAAACAUUAAAAUGCAGCCUCAUCACAGGAGGAGAAAGGAAAAAAGAAAGAGGGGGAGGGAAUCAAAUUGCCUCCAAGCCAAAGGCCAGGUGGAACAACUCUGUCUUACAGGCCCUGUGGAAAGAAAUCAGAUCCUGCAUGGCCCUGGUCUUAUGAGACAGAGCGUUCCACCAGGCCGGAGCCAGUGUUGAAAAAGCCCUGGCUCUGGUUGAGGCUAAUCUAACUUCCUUAGGGCCCGGGACCUCUAGGGUGUUGCUAUUUAUGGACCUUAAGGUCCUCCGUGGGGCAUACUGGGAGAGGUGGUCCCGUAAGUAUGAGGGUCCUAGGAUGAUGGGAUUCUGGUUGUACCUGUCUUAACAGGUAAGGGGCUGGUGCUCUCUUCAGUUGUGGGUUUAUGAUUAUUGUCCAAGUUGCUCCACAGUUAAAAAGUGCUACACAUGGAAAUGUUGAGAGAUAACUAACUAUGGGACAUCUGUCUGAUCUCUGGUGACAUGAAUUUGUGUGCUUAUACACGCUAGAGACUGCUCUCAUAUGCCUGUCACCAUAUGUUCUCCAGCUGAGGAUGGCGCCUCUUACUGCUUAAACUGUUUCCCUGACAUCAUCACAGUGUGUGCAUGAAUUGCUGCCCUCCCUAGUUUGGCUACAUAUGUGGGUAUCGUUUUGGCUGUACAGUUCUUCUGAACACCAACAGACAGAUUUAUGCAGAAUAAGAUAGCCCUUCAAAUAACCUGAUCCCCAAACCAUUUUGUUAUGUUUAGCACUGCAUAUGGCUUAUUUUACAGGGUAGUUGGAAGGAUUGUUUUAAUCAAGUGUGCAAGGCACUUCGAGCGUUUGGAAAACUGGGUUAUAUAAAAUGAUAGCUUGCUCUUGUACCAGUAGGUUUCCAGAGAAGCGUACGAUAAAACAUAAUCAACAAAAACAAUUCAACAACAUGAAAGUACAAAAAGUUACCCAAUGUGCAUUUACUUUUGCAUGCGUGCACACACAUGCUUAUGGAAGUGCAUGUUGUUUGCCCUAUUGUUUUACUAAGAAAAGAAUAAAUAUUUGAGUUGGGAGAAUUGCUAUGUAAACAUCUGUGUGUUUCAGGAGGCAAUUGAAUGCAAACAUCUGUCAGCUUCUUUGCCCGUGUCCUCUGUGUUGGAAAAACGCCCGGGAAGGCCACCACCUUCCCAAGACACCGGGGCGUCUCUCUGGUGGUCACUCUCUGGCUGUAAAUCUUUCUCGGUCCAGAGAGACUGGUGAUAAGCGACCCCUCCCUCCUGAGAGGAGCACGCUCGUCUUCUAGCAUCUCAUUGCAGAAGAAAGAGACAAUCAGUAGCUUUAAAACGACUUUAUUCAGCGGUCUAUAUACAGAGACUCCAUCAGCAUGUCUGCUCUCUCUCAGCAGCAGUACAGAACAACAUCUCACACAGAAGUGAAAGUAACUUCUCACAGUACUCAGACUCCCUUUCUCACGCUCUCAGACACUCACAUGAUAUAAACAACCAUAGUGCUACUUGCUGGGCAGCUGGUGUGAUAAAACUCCUAACAUCUGUGUGUUUCAGGAGGCAAUAGAACAAUUCAAUGACAUAAAAGUAUAAAAAGUUACCCAAUGUGCAUUUACUUUUGCAUGCGUGCACACACAUGCUUAUGGAAGUGCAUGUUUGCCCUAUUGUUUUACUAAGAAAAGUAUAAAUAUUUGAGUUGGGAAAAUUGCUCUGUAAACAUCUGUGUGUUUCAGGAGGCAAUUGAAUGCAAACAUCUAUCAGCUUCUUUGCCCGUGUCCUCUUGUGCCACACUGUUCAGAGCCAUGCCAUAGAUUCCCUUACUGUUACAUCUGAAUUUUCCCCACCACACAAACAAUGAGCAGUAAGCCAAGAACAAACUUUGGUUAUAGCUCAUGAUUUGUCUGGAGCAAAAAGGACCAUAAACGUGGAUUAAGAUGUAAUUCUAAGCCAGACCAUGGCUCUGUUCCAGGUAGCAGCAGGGCCAGAGUAGGGCAAAAUGACUGCAAAUUUUUCUUUUGAGUACCCACAUGCUUGUUCACAUUUCACCAUGGUUUGGCUUGGGGUUAGGUGUAAAUGUAUAAUGUCUUGUCUUUAAACAUGCUUUGUGUUGAAAUAAACAUAUUAAUGUCUCUAGCACACUGACGAGAACAAAUUCUUGUUCUUGUAUCACAGUGAAAAAUGUGUUUUUUGCAUCUCAAAAAAUACGUUUUUUUCAUCUCAAAAAAUACGUUUUUUGCAUUAUAGAGAUGAUUUACAUUUAAGACAGCUUUACAGAUGUUGCUAAGAAUGUUGGUGCAAUUAUUUUAUCAUUCUUCUCAUUGUGUUCCAUAAGUGCAUUAAGAUGAUUUAUUUUCUCUUAUAGUAAUGAAUGUUAUAACAAUAGAAGACUAUAAGAGCACAUACUGGCCAAAGUUGGAUAGUGCCAUAGAUCAGCUUUUAACUCAGUGUCCUGGUGACUACAUCCCCAUCUCCUAUGAACAAAUAUACAGGUAAGAAAAUUUUACAAGCUUUGUAUGGUUCUGGAAUAAAUUAUUUUGCAUUAAAGGUUUGUUGUAUAUCAAUUGUGUGCAUAGAAGCUACCUUUAAUGCACUAGUAUUGCAUUCUUGGGUAACAAUUUUCAUUUUAAUAUUAGAUUUUAAGACUUAAGGUUGAAAGACAGGGUAAAAGUAUGAUAAAAAAAAUGAACCAGGUAACACAUUUUUGAAGUUUUCAUUUAUUGGAAAGUAAGGUGAAUAAUUUCAAUUAAUCUUGGGUUAUGCAUACAAAAGGAGGAAAAAGCUUCUAGCUGCUUUUUCCAGAAUAUACAUAUGCUAUAACCUCUACCUUGUUCUUCCUUAUUCACCUUUUCUCUAAACAGAAAACCCCAACUAUUGUUACAUUUCUUUAUAAGGGAUUUGCACCACCCCCUUAAUGAUUUUGGUUGCCAUUUAUUUUUUUUUUGGGCAUCUUUUCCAGCUCUACAAUAAACUGCAUGCAGAAUUACAAGGAUUUGUAUAACAGUGUUAUGAUAUUGGCAGGUUUAUUUUAAGUCCUUUUCCUAAUGAUCCUUAGCACAGAAUUCUCCAUUUUUUACAGCUGCUUGCUUCACACUAGGUCAGCAUUUUCAUUGAGCUAUCCACAUUGACCCCAAAAUUUCUUUCCUGGCCACUCACCACUAAUUCCUGAAAUGCUAUAUACAUUCUAGCUGAGCUAGAUAACUCCCAAGCAUUUUGAAGAGUUUUUACUUUCUUGACUUUCCCUUUCAACUUCCCUUUUUACACUUCUGUUGAAUUUUGAGAAGGUUCCUCUUUUGAAGUAUAUGUGUGACUGCUUUCAGUUUCCUUGACAAUUCCCCACUUCCAUAUAUGUUGAACUUGAUAGCCGUGUCAUACAGUAUGCAUUUGGUUCAACAGCACUUUACAUCCCCUCUUUACCACUUAAAUUUAAGUCUUGAGUCUCUUCCCAUCUGAUCAGUUCCAUUAGGGCAAACGUUUUAGGGCACCCUGAAAUCUUACAUCCCUGACUGCAAUCACCCAGUUAAUGUGUGGGUAAUUUGUCUCCUAUUACUACCGCACUUCCUCCUUAGAAUGCUUCCUUGAUUUGGAUUCACAAUCUCAAGUUCACCAUUUUAGUUAGGGUAGUGGGAGAUGACAGUAUGUCCCUAACAAUUAAGUUACUAGUGUCAGCCACAGUGGUUCUAUAAAGGAGCCUGUCCCUUUAGGGAAUUCUAGCUUUUUUGACUGUGUCCUCUUUGACUUACAGUCAUCCCUAGUAUGCACUUCCUGUACUUUCUGUAGGGUUUGAAUCUAGUGAUGACUGUGCUGCUGGUUCUCUUUGUUCCACCAGGUUUCCAUUAUGCCCGGUAUAUCUAUGCUGUUCUUUAAAACCAAACACUUCAGCUCUCCCAUCUUGUCUUGGAAUCUUCUAGUAUUGGCAUAUAAACACUUAUAAAUGGUGUCUCUCUCCAAAUGUCUCUGGCACAAUGUUUUCCACUAUGGUGCUUUCAGCUCUUAGAAUAGCUAUCAUGUACCCCUACACCUCUGUUACCUAGUUCUUCCCUCUCCCAUUGGGACAGAUCUAUAGAUACGUUCAACCCAUCACUUAGGGAUGAUUUGUCCCAGGGGUUCUUUGUUUGUAUUGCUGGGUGGUUUUUAAUGUUCCAAGGACUGCAUUAAGGUUAUUUAGAAUUAUGUUUCGGUGAAACUCUUGCCGGUUUAUUUCCUUGGCUCAGAAUCUCUGAGUGUGUUGAUGUCUAAGGUAUAGUUCCUGGAUCAUCUAUGAUUGUGAAAAUUUAUGGAAUAUUCAAGGGCCAGCCAAAUACAGUAUGGAUUACACUAAUUCCUCAAGAGAUAUGAAGUGGCCUUUUUUAGUUAAAAGGAGCUCAGUGAUUUUGGGCAGGGAUUGGGUUGUUGGUACCUUCAACUCUGAUUCAAAUAGCAAAUACAGGUUUAAUGGCAACACUAGCUUGGCACUGGGGGUGUUGAGAACCCUCAAUAAAAUGGGCUGAGAAUCAUGGGUUACUUGAGGACCCCAUGGAAAUGAACAGAAGCUGUAAUGCUGGCAGAAUACCACUGGCGCUUAAACUUCAAUUCUUUGUUAUCCUCUACUUUCCUCAUCUGCAGUCACUUGCUAUGUGUACACACAGUGCUUUGCAGUGCUUAUCUCAGGGAGCUUUGCAAUGACUCCAUGAAAUAGGUGAGGCCGAGAGAUGUUUGGGUCUUGUCCAUGACCAACCAAUUUUCUUUAUUGCUCACCUAAAUAUUUGUCUAAAAGCAGCCCAGUGUCUAAAAGCAGCAUUCUGUUUGCUGUAAGCUGACACCAUCUGACUUGUGCUUUAUCUGCCCCACUGUAAAAUUAUCUUUCUGAGAAGGACAGCGGAGGUGACCACUCACUUUUUGAAAAUAUGAACCAGGGUACUGUCAUGUACCAAAUGUCAAAGAAAUUGAAUGCAUGUGCUUCCAUUUCCUUUGUUGUCCUGGGAAUUCUAACAUGGGGCUGAAGAGAGGGAGAUAUACAGAGUUAUACACAAUUAAUAUAAAGUUAGUUGUGGUGUACAGUAGUCCCAUUUAUUUUGGUGAAGCUGUUUCAUUCUGUUGCUUUAUCCUGUUAAGAUAGGCUCACUAAUUAAAAUGUUGCCAUCCAUUCCAAUGCAAGUUGCUGUUUUUGUUUUUUUCCUGUUAAAGACAGGCACACUCAUGUAGACUUAAUUCCUAAAUGCUUUGGUUUCAUUCACAAGAAACUUGUUAGCAUUUUUUUAUCUGAAAGUAAAAAAAAUGCAUUUUUUUCUUAGUGAUUCAGAAACGUCAUAUUGCAUACAGUGGCCAAAACAGCACCAUUGACCAUAUUACACAUAUGGGAAACAAAAGAGCUUUGACCAUAUCAUUGCAGAAGUGUUUUGCACAAUAAAAUGAACAAGGGUUCCAAGACGUAUGGUUUUUUUUAUUAAUUAAUAAAACUUAAUUUUAAAAUAUUUUAUUACCACCAAAUAAACACCCUUCUGAUUUUUAAAACAUAACAAGUUCAUGGUUAGCCCAUUCUACAAAAAACAUAUGGUACAUGUGUUAGUUGUGGUUUAUGUGCUGUGGCUUAUUGAACCUACCAAGGUACAAAAUGACUAAAAUUCACUUUGAAUGGUCGGUGAACCUUUUCUUUGGCAUGUAGUACCAUUUUUAUACCUUCUUUUGAAAGAGACAAAAAUUAGCUUUAUUUUGAUACCAAAAUAAGCCCAAUUGGUUGAAAAAUAAGCAAAACAGCAGGUUUUUUCUAAACUGACGCAGAAAUUGCAUUAGUUUAUAUCGUAUGAAAAUCAAAAUUUUUAAAAAAUUCUCCUGUGCCUAAUUUUGGACCAAUUUUUUUUACAAAAAUUAAUUUGAGAUUAUCUCAUAGGUAUCUACACAUAAUUUUUUUUAAAAGAAAAUCUGAGUCAUGAGAGCACAUUCGAUUAUUAAAAUCAGGUGAUUUGGUGUGGAAGGACUAGUAGAAAAAUGGUUAUGGCCUUGUAUCUGAGAAUUGUGGUAGUUGUGUUUCUGAAAUUAAAACAGUGGUACCUUGAUUUUCGAACAUCUCCGUUGAUGAAUGUUUUGGAACUUGGAACACCGAAAACCCGGAAGUAAAUGCUUCCGUUUUCGAACGUGCAUCGGAAGUCUUCUGCUGAGGUACCACUGUAUUUUUUUCAAUUUUCUCUGUAAAUUUGCAGACUGCCCUUUGUGCCUUGGUUUUCGAAUGUUUCGAAAGUUGACCAGUCUUCCGGAACGGAUUAUGUUCGAAAACGGAGGUUCCACUGUACUUAAAAGUUCAAAUGAAGCAUUUUGGAGUCCCACAUGUUAUAAUUGUUAUUUAAAUAUAAUUUUGUUUUCAUUUUACUAUUUUACUUUUGAUCUGAGAACACUGCAUGCAUUGUCAGAUAUACUCCCUGUGUAUAGUUUUGCUGCUGUUGCAAUUUUGGAAAGUUCUUAAACGCAGUAGUAUUUGGCAAUAAAGGCUUUAGAUGUUAAGACUUACGUAGAUAAUAACUUUUAAUGGAUUUCUCUUUUGAGCCCGAUUAAAUUGAUGCGAUAUGUAGUAGAGAUCUGGAGACACACACAAAUUGCUUCAGAAGCAACUUCUGUACUUUGGGUAGGACCUGUUUCACCUUGUACUCAGGAUACAGCCUUGAUUUUGAUUUUCUGAGUAAUUUGAUGUCCACCUGCUGACUACAUGACAGCCACUGUCAAUGUAAGCAGGAGUUUCUCUGCUGGUGCACAUUGGGGCAGAAAAUAAAUAUUGCAUCCCCGAAAAAAGCUGGCAACAGUGAAGAAGUCCACACCCAGCAUGGAUCCUCUUGUCUCCACUGACUUGCAUAUGAAUAAUCAUGGUAGCUGUCAGAGCCCCAAUGCCUGUCUUCAGAGCAGUUCCUGCCGUCAAUGACAGUGUGAGCAGGGAUUGUGAUGAAGGUGCUAUCCUAUAUAGCUCCAAAGUGGAUACGAAGGAUCAUAGACAGCCUUGUUUUUGUUUCAGGCCACAUUGGUGAAGGUCUGAAUACUUCUAAAACAACAUUCUUUGGUUUGUUACUUGGGCUUGAUCUGAAGUGGCUUCAUGCCCCUUGAUCUGUGGUAUUUUCUAGGUCAAGAUGAAGGAACAGCUUUAUGCUGCUUAAGGUUUUGUGGCUUUGAUGGAAUUUCAGCCAUACUUUAGAUAGGUGCUCAGAACAGAACCACUUCCAAUGUUGGCAGUCUUAGGUGGAAUCUAUACCAGUAGCUUUUCGUGCAAGUUAUUCUGAGUUCAGUGGGACUUGCUUAUAUUUUCACACCAUUUGUUUUGUUGUGCAAAAUUUGUUUCAUCAAGAGGCAGAGGAAGCUUGGAAAUAGGCAGGAAAGCAGGGUGGAUAAAAUCAAUGAUUAUUUUUUUAAAAAAAUGGAUUUAAAUCAGAUUGUUUAAAAUUUAAAUUGGAUUUUUAAAAUAAAAUGCUUUUGGAGGAAAGAAAUCUUUCUAAAGAUAGUUUUCUGUUUAAGUUACAUUAUAGUCCAAAGGUUAUUCAUCAGGAAAUAAGGAUUUGUUUAAACAUGGAUACAUAUGCUAUAAUGUUAUUGUUUUAGUUAAAUAAAUUGUUUAAAUUGUUAUUAAGGAAAUGAUUAUUUUUCUCCUUCCAAUAAAGUACAGCAGAAAAGUUGUCCAAAAAUAAACAGUUCACUUACUAAACCUCACAAUAAUUUCAUAAUUACCAGUCUAUGUACUUCUAAUAGUAUAACCAAAUCAGUAAUUUUUGAUAUAACUGAGAGAACUACUCUGAAAAUUUAUUAUUCCAAAAAUGAAACCUUCAUCUGGUUGUAAAUAUUAAGAUUAAACCAGCAGGAAUAAGUCUUUCUGGGGGGGGGGGGGGAAUGGUUUAAAUCAAGUCUUUCUGACUAGUGUUUUAAAAUUGAGAUUUAAAUUGAUUUGAUUUAAAUCAAAUCCACCCUGCAGAAAAGUAGAGAAAAGCACUAGUCUGGACACCCCUUCAUUGUCUUUCACUUUAAGCAAGUCGUGGAACACUGAUCACAGAUGAUUGCUGAAAUGUGGUUACUACUAAUUGCAGAACUGUCAGUUUCCAUUCAGAAAUAGCAUCUUAAAAUCCUUGUAAUGUGCAGGUAUUUCUGUGCUACUUAUUUUGUUUGUGGUUUGUAGCUUGCAUUGCUGGGAAAGCCAACAAAUAUUAGCUUAGCUUAAUCUAAGCCUCAUUUAUUUUGAUUUUUAGAAUCUCCUUAUAUGGAACAGUUCAAGGUGAUGUCGAAAUGUCAAAAUAUACAUUAUAAACAAUAUCACAUACAAAACCAACAGUUUAAACACUGUAAAAGAACUCAGUACAACGAUGAGAUCAAUAACUCUUUAAGCAAUCAAGCAAUGAAACCUCUUCAUCCCAACAAACGUUAUAUGAUCACCUAACCUUUAAAACUCAAUCAGCCCCCAAGAAGUAGCAGUAAAAUACCUGCACUUAAGUGCCUAGGAGUAAAGUAAAGGAGUAAAGAUUACUUGCUUAAAGUGAAAGACACUGAAGGGGUGUCCAGACUAGUACUUUUCUCUACUUUCCUGCCUAUUUUCAAGCUUCCUCUGCCUCUUGAUGACACACACUUUUGCCUGGCACCAAAAUAAUAUCAAAGUCUAUGCAAAGUAAGCCUCCUUAGGGAGAGCAUCCAUGGCAUGGGGGCCACCACUGAAAAACCCUUCUUCUUUUGUAACUGUUCUCCAGACUUCUGCUGGUGGGGCACAGAGAGGAAGGCCUGUAAUGACCUUGGGGGCUGGGUAGGUUCAUAUGAGAGAACUGGGUAUAGGGGUCCUGCGCUGUGUGGGGCUUUGUAGGUUUAAACCAGCAUUCUGUGCCUAACAGGGAAAGUGUAAAUUAGUUGACAGGAAUACCUUUAUGUUCAGAAGUAAAGACUCUGAAGGAAUUAGAUGAAGCUGUGGUUAAAGUGCAUAAAGCUUGAGAAAGUGGCCCAUGUUAAUACAGACUCCAGUCAUGUGAAUAAUUAUUUGAUGGCUUUCCAUAACAAUUUGAUACAAUCAAGCUAUUCUAUUAAAAUCCCAAACAUUAUAUAUGAGGCAGCCUUAACUUUUCAAUGUUUGCAAGGCUGUCUGUAGGGAGCACAGGUUGUAGGCUGCUACAAAACUUGUUGGAUAAAUAGGGUCUUUGUUUAGGAUGCGUAUUGCUGAAGUUUCCUUUUAAUUUUAAGCAGAAUUUCUACUGGCUUGACAUUUCUUGUUUUUCCCCCCCGUGCUGCAAACUGUUGUCAAUUCAUCACUGUUCCUGUAUUUAUUUCUGCAGUUGUGUGUAUAAAUGUGUGUGCCAGCAGCAUUCGGAACAGAUGUAUAGUGACCUAAUAAAAAAGAUAACUAACCACUUAGAGAGAGUCUCAAAGGAGCUGCAGGUAAGAAGCUGCACAAUUUUGUUUUCCUGGGAUUUGGCAUUUUACUGGGAGUAGUGUGCCACUGAUCAUUUGAAAUGAUUGUUAUCACAGCUGUUACCUAUGUAGAACUCAACUAAACCUUAUGUGUAAUGUGUGAGUGUAGAGCACUAACCUUUGAAUGAUUCCUCUAGGAAAAUGAGGUUUCACUGUGUUUACUUAGGUCCUGUAUUUUAUAAAAGUGUCAUGAACCAAAAGUUGAAAUAGAUGCAAUGGAAUAUUCUCGACUCUUAGACCUCUAGACUUCUCUGGGAUAACAUAAAAGUGAGCCAAAACCAGAGCAAUUAUUAAUGUAUAUUUAAAUUUUCUAAAAACAUUUCCUUAGUGGUUCAUUAUGGCACAUCGUAACCUACCCCAGGUCAACACAAAAGUGCAUUGUUUCCUCCCAAAGGAGCAGACAUUACUAUAUUUUUGCCUGGGUAAAUUCCUUUGUGUUUUAGGAUUGACUACAAAUCCAUCGCAGAACUUCAGCUUUGAUUGAGUCUUACUUAAACUGCUGAUACACAUUUGUUUUUACCUAGCCAAUGUCACUUGUGGGUGACAUUGCCAUCUUAAGAGGAGCUCCCCUUUCUCUUAGAGUAUAAAAGUUUCUUUUUGUUCAUUCUUGCUUGCUGUCGAUGAUGGGGGCAAGCAUUUAGUUCUACCCUCAGUACUGAGCUACAAAUAUCCUAAUACCUCUAUGCUAUACAUUAAAACAUGUAGAGCUGUUUACACUUGUGGUUCAAAGUUGGGCAUAAGGUGCAAAGGAAAGGAGAAGUACAUUAAGAGAACAAGUAUAAAAGUGAGUAGUAAUAAGAAAAAUUGUUAAGUCAAUUUCUUACUCAGGGCUUGUAGAAAGAUGAGAGAAGUGGUUAGAAGUUCCUAUCCCCAUGCAUGUUUACUGGUUCUUUACUGGAAUGUAGGGCUUUAAUGGAGGAGGACUCCUGAGAGCAGCUGCUGCAACUACUGCUCCCUUUAAUCCACCACUAUCUUUUGUUUGCUUGUACUGGCUGAGUGGGGAAAGGCAUAUGCUUACAGACCCCACCAUAAUGGAAGUCUAACCUGGUUCAGGGUAGACAUGGCCCACUGUACCCCUCUGCUUCUACAGUCACCUCUUCUUGGUCUCUGCCUGCUCUUCCUCCUAGCUUUGAAUGUCCUUUGUAAAAAUGACUUUGUUUUUCAAAAAAAUCUCCAAAAAAUCAAAUCCCUUUAAAAAAUCUGUGUUGCUUUGUUUUUACUUUUGCCUUUGUUGUUGUUGUUGCUGCUGCCGCCAGUUAUCUUCUGUGAAUCUGCAUUUUCUGCUGUGACCAUCAUCUGUUAUUGCAGAUAGAUGCUUGGAUUAAUCUUUGAAUUUAACUGUUAUUCGAGUUCAUUAAACUAUUCAGUCCUUAGUGAUGCAAUGCAGUGCAAGAGUUCUGCAUCAGCAUUGAAUUUAGGCUUCCUUCCUGUUGGGAACAGGGUUUUUAGGUCUUUGUUUUCUUUUCUGUGAGCCUGAAGGCAGAGGUUGAUAUGGAUAAAUUUCAGAGGUGGAUGCUGGGAUUGAUAGGCAUAUAAAGUUUGUAUUAUGUUAAAUGCACAAGCCUUAAUACAUUUAAUCACCGUACCUACAGUAGGUCUUUAUGUAGUUUUUGUGUAGAAUUUUUGGGGUCAGGUGUAGUGCCUCUUAUAGUCAUCCUGAUGUCUGGCUUGUGGUAUCCAGCAUGCAGUUGCAGUUACCUGGCCUCUCCCAGGCUUUUGCUUUGUGACUGGCUUUACUGUUACACCUCAACCUUCUGGCUAAAUAAAUGAAUAAAAACUUUACACUUGGAUCCCACUUUUGUACCCUCGUGUUCAAGGUGAUGAAUAUGUGAUUCUCAGGCAGGUACCUAUCCAGGUACCAACCAAACCAAUACCUGCUUUAUUUCAGCAAGGUAGUGGCCUUACGUGCCUUCAGAUGAUGGAUCUUGCAGCCCUGAAGCCUGCUCACCCCCAAAAUAUGUUGAUCCACAUAUGAGAUUUUAUUGUAUCUCAAUUUGUCAAUCUUUGGAAUGAAUAUUCCCAUAAUGAGAGGAACAGAAAAGUGUGUGGCAAGCCGCUUUAAGAAAAUGCAGGCAUUUACUAGGGGAAAGGCUAGCUUUUCUCUGGCCUCUCCCAGUCUUCUCCCUGCUCCUCUGUCCUGAUAGAGAUGGGAAAGUAAACAUGAUUCACUCCCAACUUCUAAGCUUCUUUAAGAAGAUGCCAUAAUGUACAUGUAAUCUCAUGCUUUUUCAUGAAUUAUUUAGACACUCUCUCUAUAAUCUGUAAAUCUUAUUUUCAGCAUCACACAAUUUUAUUGGCAAUGAUUCCACUGGUGUGAAGUGUCAAUGUAUAAAGGUUGUUUGCUAAAAAGAAAACUUGCCGCUGGAUAGCACAUUGUGCCUCUGAAGCAUUAUUCCCUAGUAAAUUCAAAUGUUCUGAUACUUGCGUAUUGCUUUCCUAUGGAAUAAGGUUGAACAUCGUGAUUAGUUAUUAAAAGUAGUGCUUCCUUAUGCUUGUUAAAGACUUCAUUGCAAAAUGUCAACAUUGGUAGCUGAAUGUUUUGAGGCAGCCGCAGCAAGUGUCCGCUUGUAAGUAUUUACAAGUUAAAUAAUCAGCCAUUUCUAAACAAGAUGUUUUUUGGAUCUACAAUGAGAUACUCAUGGUAACCAGAAAAACCUGCGUGUAUGUAUGGUUUCCCAACUGUACUUAUUUUUACUUAAUAUCCUUCAGCAGAUAUCUGAUGCAGGUUGGCAGGAACAUGAGACAGCCCCUGUUUCAUUGUGGUGCCCAGAAAGCACAACUCCUUCUGUCAUGUGAUUUGCUUAAUAAUAUUAAUAGCAGAGAGUGGCUAACAUAUCUCUGCUAUUCUUAUUCUGAUUCUUAUUAUUAAUUAUUAACCUGCCCUUCACCUUAAGGUCCCAAAAUACAUUUUUUAUUUGUAAAACUUUUGACUUCCCUUUUUGUUUAACAUUUUUUUGUUUUUAUGGCACAAAUUGGGAUCCUGUGAGACUCCCCAUUGGAGCUGGAGUUCAGUUUCCAUCAGUGCCAGUUAGCAAAGUCAGUGGUCAGAUUGUGGGAGUUGCAGUCCAACCUGUGGAGUAGGGCCACAGGUUCUCAUUCACUGCCCUUCUUGUGCUAUUGUUACGUUUUUUAGUUGUCAUCGUGUUUUUAUUUCUCUUGACUAGAUAGAAGCUGCCUUGAUUGCUCCCUUCUAGACUGGAAAAGUGAGCUAAAGAUCUUACCACAUAGCUAACUUCAUAUUGCCAGGCCUGAGCAAACAGGAGAAUGUUUGUGUGUAAAAUGUUCACAAGUGCUGCAGCUGGAUGAACAAUGCUAGAAUUUCUGUAGCUCAUUCCUUUCCUCUGUUUGUGUUAGGAUUUUGGUGAUUCGUCUUCCUAGUUCCCAGCGCUGGUGAAGGUGCUUGAAUUCUGAAGGGGUCUGCUCAAUCAUAGGAGGAACUGAUCAGUAUCCAAGAUGAGGCCAGAGUUGUUGCUGGUGCAAUCUUGCACUGGUGAAACUGUAGCAAGGUUUGGCUUGAAAGGGAGGGUAGGGAUAAGAUAAGCAGGUUAAAGCUGAAUGUGUUUGCCUUUCAUAGGUUGGCACAAGCUUAUGCUUGGUCUGUGACAGCCGCAGAGGAAUGUUCUGUCUUUCUGCAGGAUGUAACAUAUCCUUCAGAGAGUCCUUGCCUAUCUCUCAUCUAACAUUAAAUAUUGUCAUUAUUUUAGCACUCGAUGGAUUUCUUUGUAAUAUUCAGCUCUUAUCCCAUUCCUCUAUAUAGUACAGUGAAGUACUAAUUUUGCUUUUUGUGUGACUAGUGACAAGUGAGCUUAACUUUCAGUGAGCAACCUGAAUAGAUGAUGUCUUCUGUGGACUCUUCACCAGCUAAAGGGGGGGGGGGAGGGUUUUCCAUUUUGUAAAUUGUACUGUAGGUGGCAGCAGAAUGCUUUCACUGUCUGAAUACUGUUUAAACUGCAGAAAAGACAAGAUAGAUUUUCUCUUUUGAAAACCUCGUAGCUUUCCUGUGCAUUAGAUUGUCUCAUAGAUUUACAGAACCUGAAGCUUUGUUCCAUACUGACUGUUCCCUGUAUCACUUACAACCUCCCUAUUAUCCUCCACAUGCACUACACUAAAUACAGCUUAUGCCUGAUAUAUUACCUCCCCGCUUUAUGUCGCAUAGUAACUGCUAGGUUUGGUCUAGCAUAGUAACAACUCUGUAAUUAGCCUUCCUUCAUUAUGCAUCUGUAAGCAUUCAACAAGUCUUGGAGAUAGAUGCGGAUGACAAUCAGUUGUCUAAAUAUCAUAGAGAGGUUGCAUAAGUCUACUUGGCAUAUUGUAUUGUAAUGGAUGUUAAUGGAACUUGAAGCACAGCCUGAGAAAAAUGCUUCAGGGGUUUGUAUGUACAGUACAUCCAAGACCCAGUGCAGUUCUGCCAGAACUGAUCUUAUGUACUCGGACCAUCUUGUCCUAGUGAGCAACCUGGCUUCCAAAUUCUGCACCUGCUGCAGUUCCUGAACUGUCUUCAAAGGCAGCCCCAAUGCAUUGCAGUUGUCUAGCCCAGAGGUUACCAGAGUUUAGACCAGAGCUUUCCAAACUUUCCAUGUUGGUGACCCACUUUAUAGACGUGCAUCAUUUGCGACACAGUGAUUCAGUUUUACUAGAAAACCGAAACUAACCCCUUUCCAGCCCCGGGAGGAGCGCGAGUAGUGUUUGUGUGACACCUACACACUGCUGCCGACAGACGUGUCGCGACACACAGUUUGGAAAACUCUGGUUUAGACAACAGCAGUUAGGUUGCCUCUAUCUAUGAGUCACUUGCUAAGAACUGGAAAUAAUUAAAAAUACAUGAAUUGCUAUUUUACAGAAACUUUAAACACUGAAAGUGUUGAACACACACUGCAGAGUUUAUACUUAGGCUUAUCUGUUGUUGUUUUUUACAUUAAAUUUAGGAAUAGUGGAACUACUGUGAGUGAUUUUUUUCCCUUUUUGGUCUUCCAUUGAGCUAUGUCAGAAUACUAUGGCUUUAGUUUGAGCCCUGGGUGGCUAUAUAUGAACAUUCAUAAUAAACUCAUAUUACUGAUUAGUUGGUAACUAACUUUAACUAUUUGCAUAUAUCCACGUGGCAUGUAGUUUGGUUUUACUGUAUUACCAAGAGGUAGGGAGAAUCUUGCAAUUUCUCUUUUUUUUUUUGGAUUUUUUUUAUCAGGCAAAGAAGUAUCAUGUUCUUCAGGCACAAUGUGGUGACAUUCAAUAAUGGCUAACCAAAUGGUUAUAUAUGCAUAUGAUAAGAUACUGCUUGGUAAAUGGCUGUCUACACUGCUCCCUUUUUUUAAUCAGAAAGGUAGUGCAGUGAACAAAACUAUAUAUUGGCUUUUCUGUCAAAGAGAACAUGCUAGGUUUUCGUUUUGCUGCUGCUUCAGAUAGAAGGACUGCUUUAUUCAGCAUUUUAUAAAGAAUGGAAAUGAGGGUGGUUUCUUGAAUUUACUUUGCAUAUAUGUCUGCAGCAUAAAUAAAUUUCCCCUUUGGGAUCAUUUCUCUAAGGGAAAAAGAAAAUGAAACAAACAUUUUGUCAAAAUAUAUACAUAAACAGCUGCAGGGCUCAAUCUUGGUUUCCAUAGUGAUUGCCUAGCCAUCUUCAGGCAAGUGUAACAAAAUCUGAGUUCCUCCAAACCAUGGAACUGCAGGGGCAGAGAUUAUUCUUGUCCCCUUUUCCCAGCCCCAGAGAUGAGCAGAUUUGCUUUGGCUCCACCCUUGCUGGAUGUAAGUGGAGGGCCAAAAUAAGGCACAACUCUGCCGUUCCUGCCUAACUCUAAAUUGUGGAGGGGAAGAUGGAGAUAGGUUGUCUUUGUCUUUCUGCUUUUCAGGGGCAGGGGGUCCUUGGCAAGCCCCUCUCUGUCAGGAGCUCAUCCUACUCUCGAGUAGGACCCUGGUAGAGACACAUGCCUGACUGGCAUGUUCUCUCCCUCCUGGUCGAUCGUUCGGGAGCUUCAAAAGCUUUCUUCUGCCCGAACAUCACAGCGACCGAUGCCAACAGACACCGGCACACUUAGGGAUCUGCAGAGUGUUCGCGGUUUGCGUAACAGACCUCAGCAACUCAGCAUUUUGGCUAAUCUACUUUAUUUACAUAUAAACACACACGGAGCGCUGCAACAUGGCUCCCUUUCUCUCUAGCAUCAGACAGCAAAGAGAAAGAGCAAAGGACAAUAGUCCCACUUCACGGAACACAGUAACACAAAUAUCCUGUCUCCGUCACUUCCCACUCUGUGGAAUGAAAACACACCAUCAUGUGAUAGACAACAAUCCCAUAACUGUAAUCAUGGGGCAGGAAUUUUAACACACUCUAUCCCCACACCAGCUCUGCAUGCAGUGGCUUGGAAGGAAGAGGAGCACAUACUUUUACUAGAGGUGUGCAGCACCUUUGCUAGGGCUGAAUAGCAAGUGAUUUGGGAUGUCUUUACCCCUCACUAUGGUGAAACGAAAUGUCAGCCAAGUGCCCUAAGUUGGCCAAAUGGUAUUCUCUCUCUGUACUUUUCUGCAAACUGUAUCUCUGGUUUCUUAAUGUUUCUUUAGGUUCGUGGAAUUCGAAAUGCUGCCUGUGCAACACUGGAAAUCAACGGGUGGUUAUUCUUAUUGUUGUUAGAUCAGAACAGUGGAUGGGUUGGAAGGGCGGGUUGGAAACUUCCUUGAACUUCUUCAAAAAUGCUCUGCUGCUCUGCUUGAAAAUAAUUUGUCCACAACUUCUCCAGUACUCUGCAGACAGCCUUGCACGCAGCCAUCAUCACCUCGUAAGGCUUGCUGGAAGGCAGUCCCCUCCCCCCAAGCACAAGCAGACACUCAAAAGUCAAGGCAUUCAAUAUGAAGCUUCUAGCAUGUUAAAUAAUGUACAAGCAAAAAUACCCACCAUCGCCACCUCUUAAAUUAUUUUAUGGUAAGAAGCAGCAUAAGGCAAACCUUCAUUCUCCCCUGAAAAUAUGAAAGUAAUCACAGAAUUGUAGAGUUGAAGGGACCUGAAGGGUCAUCUAGUCCAACCGCCUGCAAUGCAGGAAUCUCAGCUAAACCAUCCAGGACAGAUAGCCAUCCAACCUCUGUAUAAAAACAUCCAAGGAAGGAGAGUCCACAAGCUCCUGAGGAAGUCUGCUCUUGUGCCUUGCAAAACUCUUAAUAUUACCUGCUGAAUUGAACCUCGGUUAAGCAAAAUCUUAAAAGACACGAGUGGCGCUGUGGGUUAAACCACAGAGCCUAGGACUUGCCGAUCAGAAGGUCGGAUGUUCGAAUCCCCGCAACAGGGUGAUCUACCAUUGCUCGGUCCCAGCUCCUGCCAACCUAGCAGUUCAAAAGCACGCCAAAAUGCAAGUAGAUAAAUAGGUACCGCUCCAGCGGAAAGGUAAACGGCGUUUCCGUGCGCUGCUCUCGUUCGCCAGAAGCGGCUUAGUCAUGCUGGCCACAUGACCCGGAAGCUGUACACCGGCUCCCUCGGCCAGUAAAGCGAGAUGAGCGCCGCAACCCCAGAGUCGGUCACGACUGGACCUAAUGGUCAGGGGUCCCUUUACCUUUACCUUUAAGCAAAAUCUUAAGCAAAAAUGUUUAUUGGAGCAAGAUGUUCUUAGCAGCAGUGUUAGUAGAGGUUUGCAGGUUUUUAGAUACAGUCAUAUUUCAGGUCACGAACGCUGUGGGUUGUGCGUUUUCAGGUUAUGGACCGCACUGAACCCAGAAGUACUAGAAUGGGUUACUUCCAGGUUUCGGUGCUCGCGCAUGCGCAGAAACGCUAAAUUGUGCUUUGUGCAUGCACAGAAGUGCUGAAUCGCAUCAUGCGCGUGCGCAGACGCGGCGCUGUGGGUUGCGAACGCUGCGAGUUGCAAAUGUGCCUCCCGCACAGAUCACGUUCGCAACCCGAGGUCCCACUGUAUUUCUGUAGUCCUUCAUAUGGAAAAAUUGUGCCUCCCCCGUCCUCAGUUUCUUUCUUUUCUGGGUGAUACUAAUCUUUUCUUUAUAUAAAUGAAAUGUUAGCUAAUCAUCACUUUUUCUGGUUGGCCUUAUGUUGUGGUGUUUUUCUCCAUUUCCAACCGUUCAAAUGGUUGAAUGCAUUUCAGUAUUUCAUUUUGAGUUUAGCAUUGAGCAAUUUCAUCCUGAAGGGGUAAUUUUAACUUGUUAAGACUUGAAACUGAAAGGUAGGACUUAGGUUUGGCUUCCAACAUCAGUGCAAAACCAUCCUUUGUACCCUAAUCAUAGUGCUGGAAAUAAUCCUCCCGUAUAGUAGCUUGUAGAAGUGAAGCAUAACUUUUUAAAAAGAAUAAUGAUAAUUCAUACAGAGAAAUUUCAAGCAAACAGAUUGGCAAUUCUUAAAUACUGUUGCUGGAAAAGAAAAGGAAUAUAAUGAAGAAAAAGGAACAUGCUUCAAUAAGAAAGUAUCAGCUGAAAAAGUUUGUGCUUAAAAAUAAGUAUAAUGCUGGAAGACCUGUUGCCCUUGCAAGUCUGUUUGAAAGUUGUUACAGUAUGCACUUGAUCUAAUAAUGAAUUUAAUUAUGCAUACAAGAACUCCCUAGGUAUCUUUUGAACUUCUUCACAGUUUAUAUGAAUUUUAAUUUAGCAGUCUAUACUAUCUAUACAUUCUAUACUAAGGAAAACUGACAGAAAUACUGUGAGAAUCACAUUUUUUUUAUGCCAAAAGAUUGUCUCUAUUAUACAUUAGGUUUUGGAAAUCUUUUCUACAACAUGGGAUAAACAUUUUUGCGGGCAGAGGGUAUGUGUGAAGCAAAGGGUUCUGGUUUUUGCAGAUGUGAUUCAAAAUUAAACUAAAUUGAAAAAAAAUUAAACUAACUCUCAGUUGUAUUUUCAGAGGGGUAACGUAGCUGUGUUAGCCUGUUGCAACAUUUUGCACCAAUUCAUUGUGCAGCUUGUUUAAAAAAAAUUAAGUGUCAGCAAUUAACUUAUUAGGGAGUUCUUCAGAUAGUUGUAUAGGUUUGUAUUUAGCAUAGCACUGCAUUAGGGUUGCGUCUGCACAAGAAUUUCUGCUUGCAAAGUGGGACUUCCCCCCUCUUCUUCCCCUAUACACUCUCGGCAUUAUUUAGGGGUUCUCCCAACCCUCUGGAACAGAUUUGAGGAGAGCGCACACAGGGGCAGGACUGGAGGGAUGGAAGUCCUGUUGCACAAGCGGAAAUCAGUUUGUGCUAGACAAGCUUCCCUCCAUGAAUUGCAUACGCAACUUGGGAUUUGUUGGGCCUGAGUUUUAAAGGGAAUUACUGUUGAAUUUUGAUGUGUAUUCAGCAUAUUCAGUUACAAGUGGAAGAGCAAAUGCUCCUCUUCAGAACAUAAAUAAUUACAUUAAAUUGAUGCCAACUUCUUGGAAUAUUCUGAAGUGUCCCUUUCAAGAAGAGAUCCUUCAACAAAGGAAGAUUUUCUUUCUUUCUUUCUUUCUUUCUUUCUUUCUUUCUUUCUUUCUUUCCUGCCAUCACUUGAAUUCGUUCUUAAACCUUCCCACACUUGACGUCAUCAAGACGCAAUUAUGAUUGCUAAAAGCAUUUCUUGGUCAGUAAGUGUUGCAGUAAUUGUAAUGUUAGUGCAGAAUAGAGUACAGAUAUAAUGAUUCCUUCAGCAAUUCUUAGAUGCUCCUUAGGAAAAUUAGGAUACAAACACACAUUCUUUUGCUUGAAUAUAAAUAAUAAUUUAACCGGAUUUCCCCUCCCCCCUGAAAAGUCUAAUAGAAUGUGUGUGUACUGAUGUUCUUCAUGCUUUAUAAAACCUGGAGCAAGUAGAACCUGGACCACUAUGGUGCAGUGCCUCAGUUCCAGAUUCCAGCCAGCCAUGCCCUUUUCUGGGAUAUUCCAUACCAUCCCCCUGUCCCCUGCAACAGACAUUUGAUAUUCUGUGGCUACUGAGCAUGCUCAGUCCUCAUUGGCUUGGUUUCAGGUCCUCUCCCUUCCUUAGUAUUCCCUGCCCACCACAUUUUUUACCUACAGACAUUGGGGAUUUGCCCAAGCCUGCUGAUAACUUCCCAUUUUGGUUACAUAAGGUUACGCACUCAUGGAGUGAUUUCCCUGUUGGUAUACAGCAGGUUUCUAAAAGUGGCACUCUACAGACCACUUGGAAAAGUGAGCAUAAUCAACCACCUGCUAAUCACCUGGCACUAGAUAAUUGAAACUUCAACUCAUAGCAGCAAAGGAAAUCUUUUUUCUUUCUUUCCUGCCAUGACUUGAAUUCUUUCUUGAACUUUCCCACACUUGACAUCAUAGGACAUCAAACAUGGAAAAGUGUCCUUGGUUCACUCAAAACAUCCUGGCUGGCCUAAUGAAGCUUGUAAGCCGCAGGCUACCCAUCACUGAUUAAUAUGAUAUUAUAUCAGCAGAUAUAAUGGUGCUCUUUUUGGCUCUCCCUGCACAUUUUCUCUUUUUGAGCAAGCUCUUUCCCCCGACUUAAGGACAAAUUAGUAGUGCAUUUAGCCAAUAUGACCCUAGAUAUUGUAUUACUUCACCUUAUUUAGUCUUGUUUUUUACCUGCAAGUCCAACCUGGUUACUUCAUUCUAGUAAGGCAGCUAUGUGUUCUUUCUUGCAGGCCAGCCCUCCAGACAUCUACAUCGAAAGGUUUAACAUAGCACUUGGACAGUAUAUGGGAGCAUUACAGAGCAUUGUGCCUCUUUUCAUAUAUAUGGUAAGUUUUUAGAAUACUUUUUCAAAUUGUGCAUAGUCUGGAAGGAAGGAACUGAUUAGGUGCGAGGUAUAGCAGUGGUCAGCAAUUAGAUUCUCCUGAAGACUUACAUUGGGAGUUAAGUGGGAUGAUCUCCUGCUAGAAGCACAGAUUUCCUCUCUCUGCUCAUAGAAUAGAAUCAUAGGAUUGUAGAGUUGGAAGGGACCACGAGGAUCAUCUAGUUCAACCCUCUGCAAUGCAGGAAUCUUUCACUCAAAGUGGGGCUCAAACCCACAAACCUGUGAUUCAGAGUCUCAUGCUCUACCAACUGAGCUAUCCCUCAUGGGCUCACUUGGACUUAUUCCACUAGUUUAAUUAAAGCCCAGGCCAUAACAGAACCUGCCUAGUGUGCUGAGGUACUUCUGUGCUGCACUCUUUUAUCCCCCAGCAGCACCUUCUGAAAUUAACCUCUCAGUUAGGAACAGAACCAUCAUAACACGGUGCAUUCUGUUCUCAACCCAAACAUCCUGUCCAGAAGCAUGCCAUGGCUGGUGGUAUUGAAACCCAGCAGCAUUGGUCAAUCUGCAAUGCAACCAUGAGGUUUGGCUCAUACAAGCUGUCUGUACUUGUUUUUUACCCGUUUUCCCCUUGGCUGCUUGGGAGGCGUUAUAAGGGACUGCAGAAAGGUGCAGCAAAGAGGGCAUGCUUGCAUAACUCAGGUUACAGUUAACUUAAUCUCAUCUAAGAGUGCCUGGAGUUGCAUGGCAACCACUCGGGUUGAGUAUGGUUGUACUGCAUCAAGCAUUGCUCAUGAGUGUUCUAAAAUUGGUAUAAGCACUCAUUUGGAAGAAUCAGUUUUGCCAUUAGCUUGUUGUGUUAAGCUUAAGAGUGCAUGUACAUUUAUUUUCUUGCAGAUGGGUUACCAGGCUUUCAUAUUUAUAGACAUUUUGUAUCUUGCAUAAUCUUUCCUGGAUCAGUAAGGUUUGCUUCUUGGUUGUUGUUUUUUUUAACAUAUUCAGACUAUUUAAUUCAAAACAUGCACUUACAUUGCAUAUGUUAAUGUGAUUUAUAUGAGGAAGGGGUAUUAGAUGGGUUCUGCUCUAAAAUGUCUUGCAGCUAAAACACUGCAAACCGAUUUGAGAAAUUUGAUAACUGUGCAUGUCAAGAGAGUUCUGAUCUACUUUGCUGGUCCCAUGCCAAGAAGCAGAAGUUGUAAUGCUUAUUAUUGCAAGAGCACUUCAUUCAUUUAUUGAAUUUUGGCUCUAGCUGUGUUUUUAAUGUACCAAAAUAAGCUUGUAAUUAAAAACAACCCUCUGUCAACACACCAUCUCAAAAAUAGGAUUUGUUUAUGCACAGUUAUGAUUUGGGUUUUGUCAAAACUCUCUUACCCACGUAGAGCCAACUGUUACUAGAUCUCAGAUUUUAAAAAGAAGUGUAUCGGCAGGUCACAGAUAAGAUUUACAAAUAUGUGCCAUAAUUUUAUUGCUUAGUAUUUGUUUGAUUUAAAUGACUGUACUACAGAGACUAUUUAUAACGCUUUGACUUAAGCUCAUGUUAUCUGUAGUCCUAAAAGAACACUGGAACAAUGCAAACUUGUGUUUCAUUAACAGCCUUUAAAGAUACGUAACUUAAAAUCUUUUCAGGUGCUUUUUAUGUUUCUCUCCAGAAAUCUCGGCUGACAAACCAAGCUAAGCUGUUAGAAAACUCUUGGUCCGUGGAGGCCAUUUGUAACUCCCAUGACUGGAUCUAGGCGCAUCUCCAAACUGUCACCAGAAAACUGAUUAGCUGGUAUCCAUGGUACCAUUGCUUUUAGAGAGCAUCCCAUUAGCUAUCCUUCAUAGUAUUGAAUAAUGAUACACACAUUAGGAGGGUUAUAUUAUUUGCCAUGGCAACAACUAAAAUGGAUGUUGUAAAGAUUAUUGUGUUGUCCUUUAAAACUACCUGAGCUGGUCAUUAUGUAGCCUUUCUUUUGUGUUGUAAUAUUUCUUGAUUUGAUUUUUUAAAAUGACUUUUGACUAAAUGAUAAAAAUUCUGAACGGUACUGAAGGGCUUUAGUGUUAUCAGAAUAUGUGCUAGUAGUUCACAAUUGACCUUUUGUGAGGAACGUUUUGAAGUUGUUUUGAAGCAUGUGUCUCUCAAGAGAAAAUGAAGUGCUUGGAGGUGUCCUGUAUUGGCUGAAAUCUCUGGCUGGCAUGUUCAGGUCUGUAGUGAUUCUAAAUGGAGUAUGAAGUGGGCAGUGUGUUAACUGUUGCUUUAGUCAGAUUUAAUGUCUUGGUUCUUGUUUUGCUCUGUCUCUGAAUCAACUGUGUGUUUCUGCUGAAUCCAAUAGACUUCACUCACUUAGAUUCAUAUAAUAAUUUCUGUAUUCUCAUCUCCCAAUGGCACUCAAGCCUGAGGAUCAUUGGAUCUGGACUAUUUUCACACCCUAAUACCACAUCCUGUAGAAUUCUAUCAAAUAUAUUUCAUCUGUACACUUGGAAUGAAUUUCAGGAACCGAAAUGCUUUUUCUGUGCAGCCUGAGCAGGAGCAGUCACCAUUAAGAAAAAGAGGUCGGAAUAGGCCAAUAUAUAUGUGGACUGUCCCUGGAUCAAGUGAUGUUUCUUCUUUAAGUCCUCAGAGUUUUUAACCCAGCUCAAGGUUGUCAUCUGAACUAGCCAGAUGUUUAACAGGCAGUCCAUCAUUUGAAAAAUAAGACUUUCGAGCUGAUUUGCCCCAAAAUGACAAGUAGACAUUCCAUUUUGGUAAAUGUAACCUUGGCUUAAGGAGCCAUUUGGAUGGAGGAUUCAAAACAUGAUGUGUUUUUCUCUUUGCUCUAUGUUAAAAAAUCAUCAUCACCUUAGAAGCCCCAGCACAUUUUGUCUCCUGACAUCUGCUAGGUUGAAUUUGAUAGUGGUAGAAUAUAGUGUGGCAUAAUGGUUAAUGUUGGGCUAUGACCUGGGAGACCAGGAUUUGAAUUCCCACUCAGCCAUGAAGCACACUGGGUGACCUUAGACCAGGCACUGUCUCUCAGUCUUGCCUCAGGGUUGUUGUGAGGAUCAAAUGAGGAGGAGAGCUAUGUGAACCACCUUGAGCUCAUUGGGGGAGAAGGUGGUAUAUAAAUGCAAUUAAAUAAAUAAGUAAUAGUGGGGACAGCUGGGCAGAUCUGGUGUUUGACAGGUAUCAUUAAUAUUCAUUUUAUAUGCUUGCUAUAUGGAGGACCAUAAUGGCAACUGAUGUGUGAUGCUGAAGAACAGCAGUGAUACAAGCAGGAAACGGCUCCUGUAGAAAUAUGUGAUGCCUGCAGUACUGAUAAGCAAGAUAGCUCUACUGUGGUUUUACAUUGAACUGUUUUAUCACUCUGUGAACACUUUCUAUGUACCGUAAUGGGGUAGCAAAAGUUGUUAGAAUCACUUUCAAAGAAAGCUAUGUUUACUUUAUAUCAGGUAUGAGCAACAUGCAGCCAUCAUUUUCAUUUUAAGCACCCCUUGGCCUAAUUUCAUGCAUGUGGCAAACAAGGGAAAAGGGAGUGGCAGAGAGAGAAAGAGAAAAGAAUUCCUAAAUCUUGGGGUGAUCUAGUGGUUUUUAACUUCUGUAGUGUUGAUUUCCUCUCUCCCCUUGAAAUGGGUAUCAUGCAGGAAAGCUGCCUAUAAAUACCUUGUAAUAACAACAAUGGAUAAUAAUAGAAGUUGGGCCACUUGUGUCUCUAGUACAGCCCAUGUCUGCUACCACCAUGUGGUCACCAAUAGUUUAUCCCUGAAUAAAUGCAGUGCUCAAAAGCAACAACAACAAAGGUUCUAAGGAGUGAUGAUGAAUGAUGCUUUUCUGAAGAUUUUCACAGGCCUUUUUUUGUGUUGCUGUAAAUCCAAAACAGUUAACAUGGUUUCUUCUGUUUUGUUUUUCAGAAUAAGUUUUACAUAGAAACCAAGCUUAAUCGAGACUUAAAAAAUGACCUUAUAAAACUGUUUACGGAACAUGUUGCAGAAAAGCACAUUUACAGCCUAAUGCGUAAGUAAAGUUCUUGGGCUUACGUUUUCUAAAAUAUUAAGUUAAUAUUCUUUUGUACUGUGGAGUUACAAAAUGCUGAAGUUUCAGUAUUAAUGGGGAAAUUGAACAGGUAAAAAGUCUAAGACCAAAUAUUAUAUCAAGGAACCUUUAAUAGCUUAUUUCAAAAUAGGCUUUGAAGACCAGAUGAUGGAUGUCAUUUAUUCCUGGCCUGUAUUAGAAAAUGCAGUAUGAUUGAUUAUUUCAAUAAAUACAGCUAUCUGCUGAAGAGGUUUGAAGCAGAUGUCUUUGACAAUAUUAAGUUGUACUAAAAUACAGUCAUAAUGCAUCACUGGGAAAAACUGGCUCCAUCCACAGAUUUUCUGGCUUUUUGUGGUUUUAUUGUGAACAAGCAGCAUGCCAAGUCACUUCCACUGCACUCCAUCCCUGAUAUGAGCAGGAUAUACUAACCAGAAAGCCUAGACUUCCUGUUCCAUCUGAACAGGGGGUUGUGAUUUGUUUCUCCCUAGCAAGCCUUGAUCUUUAGCUAACCUUAAACCAUGGGAGGUGAAGAUUAUUCAUCAAGUUAGUUAAGGAGAAACAAGCCACGAUCCACAGUUUAGAUCUGGGCUUCCGAGUUUGCUUUUCCUGCUCAUGCCUGGAAAGGAGUUCAGUGGGAACAUUGGGAAGCAUACAGUAGCAUGCUGGUCAUUCACAAAAAACCAUUGUAAGCCAGGAAGUCUGCAGCCACACUGUUGAUUUGUUCUUACUACAACAUCCAGCUUUUUGUUACUUUUUUACAAAUCUUUUGCUAUAAAUGGAAACAGUCCUCUUCAGAUGUCAAUGUUGACAUUGGCAAAACAGCAACUAUCUCUGGAUUCGAACCAACCCAGUAAGAAAAUAAGAACACUUCAGUGAUUACUUUGGCCUCCAUUGAAAUCGUUCAUGGAAAUUCUGUUCUUCAGACAUUUUCAUAAACUGUCACCAGGUUUCUGCAUAUAAUGAGCUACAUAUUUCAUUUUUUUGUAUGUGUGGAAGCAUGAAACAUGCAAUUUUCCAUGCCUGUCUUCAGGAGAGCUGCGCCACCUGCUUUUUGUGAACCUAUACAGUCAAACCGCAGUUCCCAAGCGGCUCUGUUUUGGAAUAUUUCGGCUCCCAAAUGCCAAAAUCCCAGAAGUAAAUGCUCCAGUUUUUGAACGUUUUUUGGAAGCCGAACGUCUGACCCGGCUUCCGCUUAAGUGCAGGAAGCUCUUGCAACCAGUUGGAAGCUUUGCCUUGGUUGCUGAAUGUUUCGGUAGCAGAACGGUCUUCCUUAAUGGAUUACAUUCAACAACCGAGGUUUGACUGUAUCGGCUUUGAUUAAGGUAAACUUGUUACUGUCAGUGUAUCAGCCCAACUGAGGUGUAGGUAAGAAUUAUUAGAUACACCCUAAAGUCCCAUAAGUAUUGCAUCUAAAUGCUUUCUGCUAGUAGUUUAAUAGUACUUAUUUAAAAUUCCCUUAUAUCAAAUCAAGGUAAACAACUGAUCAUAGUCAAUAAAAGGAAAUGUCUGUUCUUCACUUCUUACAUCCCAGUCCACAGCUAAUGAACACUCAGCAAUGCCAUUUUGUAGUAUUCUACAUUUUUGCUGUUUAGUGCUUCAGCGUCAGUUCCAUUUACAGUAGUACGUCGGGUUAAGAACUUAAUUCGUUCUGGAGGUCUGUUCUUAACCUAAAAUUGUUCUCAACCUGAGGCACCACUUUAGCUAAUGCUGCUGCUGCGCCGCCACCGCGCAAUUUCUGUUCUCAUCCUGAAGCAAAGUUCUUAACCCGAGGUACUAUUUCUGGGUUAGCGGAGUCUGCAACCUGAAGUGUCUGUAACCCGAGGUACCACUGUACUUGCAACUGUUAAUUUUUCUAAAUCAUUAACGUUAUAAUUUUAGUGAGACUGACUCAUGUGUCUGACAUAUGAAUGAACUGGCAGCAGUUUUUUAUUUAGGUGUAAAGGUCAAGGCAUUUAGAUGUAAAGGCAUUGUUAAAAGUCAAGAAGUAAUUUCCUGCGCUGCUAUUGGGUGUAAUCAAUAGACAUUAAAAGGCUGAGUCACCUCAGUAACUACAAGGGAUUUCUUGGAACCAUCAAAAGGUUGACGUGCUAGGUUUUCUAGUAUGGAGAAAAGACAACCAAAACACGAUAGCAGUCUAUAAAUGUAUGUCUGGUGUGGAGAAAGUGCAUGGGCCUGAAGGAGCGUCUCCACCCCCAUCAUUCUGCCCGGACACUGAGAUCCAGUGCCGAGGGCUUUCUGGCGGUUCUCUUGCUGCGAGAAGCCAAGUUACAGGGAACCAGGCAGAGGGCCUUCUCGGUAGUGGCACCCGCCCUGUGGAACGCCCUCCCAGCAGAUGUCAAAGAGAAAAACAACUACCAGACUUUUAGAAGACAUCUGAAGGCAGCCCUGUUUAGGGAAGCUUUUAAUGUUUAACAGACUAUUGUAUUUUAAUAUUUUGUUGGAAGCUGCCCAGAGUGGCUAAGAGGCUUAAAAUGUUUUCUUAUCUUGGGAAGUUUUAACAGGCUUUAAAGUUCUUACUGUGUCAUGUGGGGGUAUCAAUAGAUAUUGGAAGGAUCCAGUAUUUUCAUACUGUUGUUAAGAAAGAUGGUAAAGGCAGUUGUCUCUAUAUUCAGAAAAGGUUGUUGGAAAAUGUUAGAAUAUUCCUCAUUUCUGAAUUGAUAAUAUUCUGAAUUGAUAAUAUUCUGAACUGAUAAUAUUAGAAUAUUCCUCAUUUGCAAUUGAUAAUAUGGUUCAUUCAGUUUUGUCUUCUGAAAAGGUUAUUUGGAUGCCACCAUUACCUGCUUAAUUGGCAUACAAUUAAUGUUUAAGUGAGUUUCUUUUAUCAUUUCAGCUUUACUCCUAGAAGCUCAGACCACGCCUUUUUGGAUAGACCCUUCCACUAUGGCAAACAUUGUCAAAGGAUUGUAUAUGCUUAGGCCAGGUAAAUUACUAUUGUUAUUUUUAUUAUUAUUUUAAAUACUCUUUAUUGAUUUUGCACAUUGUUUAGAAAACAAUAAAACAAUGGGGGAGAAAUGGUGAUCACAUUUUGAUGGAUAGUAGAUAUAAAGAAUAUUGAUACGUAGUGUAUCUUAUGCUUCACAGAAGAAAUACAAACAUAGGAAAUGAGCUAAAUCAUUUUUCUUUUGAAUAGUCUAUAAUUUACAGGCCUGAUGUCCCUGGAAAAUCAAGCAGCAAGUUCCUUUGUCUCCAUGGUGCUGAUAAUGCCAUGGUUGAAGGUUUGGUCCCUGGAUGGGAUAGCUGCAUUUUUCUGCAUAGCAGGGGGUUGGACUAGAUGAUCCUCAGGGUCCCUUCCAACAGUUCCAUGAUUUUGUGACUUCUGCCCUGUUGACAUGGCCUGGCUUAUGUAUGCAUGGCAAAAAAUGAAAGGGCUUGGCUUUGAAGCCUUCAAGAGCGGUAUAUUUUAGGCAAGUCUCAAUAACCAGAUCAACAAGAAGGCGUAUCUCUCUCUCUCUCUCUCUCUCUCUCUCUCUCUCUCUGUGUGUGUGUGUGUGUGUGUGUGUUAUAGUCCUUUCUUAUAAUCUAUUUUGGCCAGAUUGUGGACUUGGAGGUGAAGUCCUAGAUCAGAGCCAUUAAUGUCAAGGUGUGUAGUUAAACUGUGUGGCACAUGGGAAAUUGGAUGCAUUUGUGGUACGUUUGUGGUUAUGAUUGCUGUCGAAACACUGGGAACACCUACUCCACCAGGCUGCUCCCUGACAGAUAUCUUUCUCUUCUACAGCUAAGCAAUCUGAUGCCUUGUACAUGCAUUUAGCAUGCAGCAAGAUAAUAUUUAAUCCUUUCAUAGAAUCAUAGAGUUGUAGACUUGGAAGGGACCCUGAGGAUCAUUUUGUCCAGCCCACUGCAGUGCAAGGAAAUACAGCUGCCUCAUACUGGGAUUGAACCUGCAAUCUUGCCAUUAUCAGCACCAUGCUCUAACCAACUGAGCUAUCCUUUCUAUGUCGUGUGAAAGCUCAGUGCUAGGAUGUUACAGGCCUGCCAUAUGAAUUAAUGUGUGUGCGUGCGAGUGAUUUUGUUUCAUUCACUAUUACUUUCCAUUUCUACACAGAAUGGGUUCAGAUGGCACCAGCUUUAUUUUCUAAAUUUAUUCCAAACAUCCUCCCUCCUGCUGUAGAAUCUGAGCUUGAGGAAUAUGCUGCUCAAGACCAGAAACUCCAACAAGAACUUAUUCAGGAAGGAUUUUCCAGGUAAUAACCCUGGCAUUUAAAAAUUAGUACCCAGUUUUUUUCAGCAAGUGUCUCAAAUUGAUGUUGUUGGGGUUUGGGAGUGGGGUCAGUCAUGGCUAUGACUAUGAGCUGAAAUAAAAGUGCAGCCACAGUCAGAAUAAUUGCUGCCAGCAGUCCUUGUACUUGCCCAGAAAAGUCAGAACAGCUUGUGUGUAAAGCAAACAUUUUAUGAACUGCCCUGAGAGUAGAGUUUAAAGUGCAGUAAUAACAACUGAUUCCCUACCCCUGUACUGUCUGUUUGUUGUAAAUGUUUUGCGGAAGGAGCACGUGUUUCUUUGUACUCUUCCUUGGUGUUUCCAUUGACCAUGGAGAAUGUGUUCACUGAGGAGCUAUCAGGGAUAGGGACAGUUUUCAAGGACUGCGAACAGGACAAAACAAAGACAUUGCCUUUUGAACAACUGCUACAAAAGCACCCAAAGCUGUCUGCUUAAAGCCACAUGAUAGCCUUGAUAAACCAGCUACCAGAGUUUUGAAUGUUGUGAUGGCGGAGUGGAUGGGAAUUCUUACUGUUCUGCUUUGUUUGUUGUUAUAUGUCCUUCUUAUGUAUAUGUGUGCACACUUUCAGCUUUUGCCAGGAAAAGCAGGAGUUCUCUCAACACUCUCCUUAAAAGGUUGUACAGUGGUACCUCUGGUUACGUACUUAAUUCGUUCCGGAGGUCCGUUCUUAACCUGAAACUGUUCUUAACCUGAAGCACCACUUUAGUUAAUGGUGCUUCCUGCUUCUGCCGCGCCGCCGCCGAGCGAGUUCUGUUCCCAUCCUGAAGCAAAGUUCUUAACCCGAGGUAUUAUUUCUGGGUUAGCGGAGUCUGUAACCUGAAGCGUAUGUAACCCGAGGUACCACUGUACUUGAAUCCAUGCAGAAUGGCUGUAGGUUUCUUGUGCAGUUACACCUAAUCACUUUAGCCUGGAAAUCUGAUCAAGUGCUUGUUUUAUUUUCAUUUUGAAUUUUAAACUGCUGUUCCCCAGUGACUCUGGGUAAAUUUAGCCUUGGGACUGAUAUUUAGCACUAGCAAUGUUCCAGGAGAAUAAGUUAUCUGUAGUGCUAGAGGUCACUUACAAUACAAAAUAGCUUAGCUAUGAGUCAUACAUACGUUGGAGGAAUGUUAACUCUUCUAUUUUGUUCACUAAAUGGAACAAUGUUGGCUUGGAAGCAUUUCUUUCAGUAGCUUAUCAGUGUGGUUUCCAAGAUGCUCAGUUCAAACCCCUUUGGAGAAAUAGUAAAUUUGAGAAAUUUCAUCAAAACACUAACUAGUCUGAUGGCUGAGGCACAAAUGCCAAAUGAAACUCCCCAUGUUAGUAAUUGUUGCCCUUUCCCAGUUUCUAAAUAAGCUGCUUAAAUAAAGCUGCUUUCCUGUGACUAAUGGCAGGGUUGCUCCUUGUGUCUCAGAUCUUUUAGGUAAAAUUAGAUGGCUCAUUAAAUAAAUGUAUGUUUGCUAACAUGCUUGGUUAUUAUAAUUAUUUUUUUAAGAUAGCCCAUUCUGGGCUGUUAGCAGCAUGGAUGGGAAAGGGUUAUGGCAUCCUAAUGAAAACAGCCCCUCAUUGAAGUUGCUGUUCACCUCCAAAAGGAAGUUGUCAUAGGUGUCAAUCUCAUGUUAUGUUUUUGGGUAGGAUAGCUACUUCUGCAUGGUUGGAUCCGUCCCUGUAACAUUUAGAAAGGUGGCCAUUGUGUUGGAUAGGUAGAUUAUGUGUCUGCUUCACAUGCCAGUGUUACUAACCACAGAGCGGUAUGCUGCCAGCAUGGGAAGUAAGCACAUCAUUUGCUUAUCCUCUGCAGCUGCUCAUUUCAAAUAACUGCUGGUGUUGAAUAAGACCAUACAGAAAUAAAACCCUGACACACGGGUAAUUCAAAACUUGGCCCUAAAUAUUAGGGAUAAUACUUGUCGGGCAGAAUAAAUUGAUUCUGGUACAUUCUGUUCCUUCUGUUAUUGUUGCUCUUCUGGCAUACAUAAAUAUUAUAUUUUAUUUGUAUUGUUUUUGAACUCUAUGUUGAUGUCAUGCUUCAUGCUGACUUUCUAUAAUUCCUUCCAUUGCUACCUUUUUUUUUUUUUAGAGGUGACCAGUCACGUAAAAGAGCUGGAGAAGAAUUAACCUACAGUAAGUAAUUUAGAUUACCAUUAUAAAUUAUUUGAUUAACAACAGACGCUUCGUUUGAGACAGUGAAGCAAACAACUCCUUCUCACCAACAGUUGCAAAGUUAAGUUCCUGUGUAUGGCAACUUGCAACACGGGUCAAAGAGAAGGUGCCAGGGUGCAGAAGGUUUGGAAUGUAACCUUGAGGAGUAAGAAAAACUGGCUCUCUGUAGUUCCACUUCCCUCUACAUCAGGCAUAGGCAAACUCGGCCCUCCAGAUGUUUUGGGACUACAACUCCCAUCAUCCCUAGCUAACAGGACCAGUGGUCAGGGAUGAUGGGAAUUGUAGUCUCAAAAACAUCUGGAGGGCCGAGUUUGCCUAUGCCUGCUCUACAUCUCUAAAAUAUUGGUAAUAAUAAAGUUUGUACAGAUGAGCAAAAAAAGAUUCAAGAAGUUGUAAAUAUAGUAUUGGAUCACUGAAGUGUGUGUGUGUGUGUGUGUGUGUGUGUGUGUGUAGGUUAACUUUACCUUCAGCAUGAUAUUGAAUGGAUACUACUUGAAUUGGCAGGAUCAGAAAUACCCAGGCCUUAUCUUGCAGGUCCGUUCUGCAGAACAGUGUCGUUCUGCAGUCCUUGGUGCUCCAAACUGAUGAAACUACUGUAUCGUGUUGUAUAAUAUGGUGGUGUUUAGGGCUUUAUGGCUUAACAGCCAUCUAUGUACUUUUCCGGCAUAUGGAAAGAUGUCCUUUAAGUUUCUUAGGGUAUUUGUACGCAUAGAAGAAUGGGUGGGAUGCUUGUCUUUUGAGAUAAUGGAUCAGGUGGGAGGGCACCAGCAAAGAUGCUACCUUGAAUCAUUUUUCUCUUUAAACUUGUUUUUUUAUUUUUACUGUUUUAGAUGGUUCCGCUUCGUGUGCAAGCUCAAGAGGAUGCAGAUAGUGACUGCAACAAGUAUUUUAUUCUCAAUAGGAGCGGACACUGGAGUGACAUUGGAAGGGAGGGUAUCCAGAAGCCCCGUUGGGCUCUACUGAUACUCAGGUUCUUUGAUGCAAGCUAUACCUACAAGAGGAGUUUGGACAUAUUUCUUGCCAUGUAAUAAAAUAUCUGUUUGCUGCUAUUUGGGGGCUAACUUGGAACAAUGUGACCAGUCUUGACAAGUUCUUCUUGAGCAAUCCUGUGAGGAGCAGACCUUCUUGUUUCUGUUUUAAAAAGACCAGUGCAUACUAAAACAUGGUAGCCAAAAAAAAAAAAAAAGCAGCUUCCUCUGAAAGAAACUUUGCACUUUCUAAAUGUGUGGACAUUGCUGAGCUUGUGCCCAUUAGGUUUUGUCUGAAAUGUUUUGCUUAGAAAGAAUAAAAAUCGAUCACUUGGGAGUAUUUCUUUUGUUCCACAAAAAGUUUGCAUCCUAGAGUCAGUCUUACGUUAUUGGCUCUUGACAUUCCAGAUCUAUAUAGUUCACCUAUUCAGCCCCCUUCCCCCUAUCCCCCCCCUUUGAUAUCCAUUAAUAGGUCCUUCUGUGCCCUCCGUCUCCUUGCUUUCAGCUUGGGUGCUUUGCAGCUUUGUCUCUCUUAAGCUGUGAUUUGAUUAAACAUGCUGCAAAUUUGCAAGAUUUUCUUGCAACCUAUCACUUAGGAAAACAAGAGUGAACGAAAAUUGUAAUUAUGUUCUCUGUUUCCUUCCACAUGAGAAGUAUUAAUUCAAGUCUCAGCAUUUAUUGUAUUUUGUUGUUGGCUUCAGUAAUGAUUGCAAAAGCUUAAACCCCAGAUAGAAAGCGGUUCCCACAUGUGAUUUCAAUUCAGAGUUGAAACGCUGGUGCAUACAGAUAGAAGGAUUUGACAAGACAUUGUGGGUCAGGUUAUUGGCUCACAUCUACCGUGUUGGACUGUGACAGUACAGAUAGAUUUUUCUUUAUGGUUUUAAGUAAUCUGUUUGUUUGAUUACCUUGUUAUUGGACUGCUAUAAUAGAUUUAAAGAACGUAGCUGAAACUUUGCUUGUAGCUUACCUCUGGGUAGCAAGGUAAGGUAAAGGUAAAGGUACCCCUGCCCGUACGGGCCAGUCUUGCCAGACUCUAGGGUUGUGCGCUCAUCUCACUCUAUAGGCCGCGGGGAUUCGAACCGCCGACCAUGCGAUCGGCAAGUCCUAGGCGCUGAGGUUUUACCCACAGCGCCACCCGCGUCCCAAUAGGGUAGCAAGGUACUCUAGGUCAAGUUUACACACCCAUGAAAAGCUUGUACCCUUUUCAGAAGGUAAGUGAAUUGUGUACUUGAUUUGCACGUAAAGGAUUUUUUUCCUCUUGUUAAAGCUUGAACGUCCUGCAAUAGAUUGCACUGCAUUGUGGGUAUGAAUAUAUAUGCAGCAAUCUGUACCUCAUAUGGGAUGAAUUUGGAUCCCUGUAUUCUACUUCUGGUCCCAGAUCAGAGGCAAGUCACAAGGUGCUGUCCUGCCCACCCCGUGUUCUCUAUGAAGAAGCACCAUGCAUGCAUAGAGAACUAAGGGAUCCCCUGUGUCUUAUGUGUGGUAACCAGCUAGGUCAUACUCAGAGUAGAUCUAUAGAGCAGACUUGUUAGUCAUGACUAAAGUCCAUUGAUUUCAUCAGGUCCCUUCUGGGUAGGAUUUAGUUGGAUAUCACACAAUGAGGAGGUUUUUUAAUAGAAAGAGUAGGUCGUUCUCUGCAAUAAAAGGUAAGUGCAGAUAUCGAUUGCCACUGAGACAGCAAAGCCAAACUGGAUGCAGUUGUUCUGAGAAGUUAGUGCUCAGGGGAAGUUCAUUGUGAAUGAACCUUUAAUAUAAGUGUUGUGCCCGUGGAAGGCCAUGGAGUGAAAGCAUUUUGCAUUUCCAGAAGUAAUAAAUGGCAGCUCUCUUUAUUAGUAAAAAAAUAAUCUUAUUACAUGCCUUCCCCACUUUUGUGCACUGGUCACACUGGGCUUAUCUGGUGCACAGAGUGUCCUGCACAGUUUUGAAAUCUCAUUGGGUAGGACUCUUGAGAGAUAUGCUUGUCCAUUAUAGUGUGAGAGCAUUAUCUUAAAUAGCAAAAUGGUACUUGGAAAAAGUGUUGGUUUGUUUUAAAAAGAACAAAACCCUUGCAAUAUCAACAAAUCUUUUAGACCUGAUGGGAAAACUGGGCUCUUAGUUAAUGGUCAAAAAUUAUGCAUCACUUCAAAGAAACCAUGACAGUAGAUAUGGCAAGAAAAUUCCUUUCUACUUUUACAUAGGCUGUCCUCCGUUCUUUUGAUAUUCAAAUGAAAGACACUAGGAAAUUACAGAUUGUUAAUUUUUGAAAUGUUUUAAAAAUUAAUCCCUUGCAUGUUCUUGGUUUGUUCAGUAUUUUUCUUCGAAACAAUUAAUUAGAUGAAAAGUACUAAGUGAGAGGCAGGUAUAAUUUUGUUAGAGCAGAUUCUGCUGUGGAAUGUUUUCCAUUAGAAACAAUGGACUACCUAGGACCUUUACCAGUGUAACAUUUUUUGUGGUUUCAUCUCCAGCAAAUUGAUACCAUGAGCAGUAUAUUGUGACAUCCCACUCAGUGUCCAUAAGUUUGCACGCUGAGCUCCCAGUCAUUGAAUGUGAUGAGCAAGUACAUAGUCAUGCCACUAGAAUUACAUUAGCCCAGUUGGCAUCUGUUCCAGGUUGGCACCCCACCCACCAGACCUCAGUUGCCCUCAAGGACAGAGUUCACAUAAGGCCUGGUGUUGAAAAGUUCGGGGGGGGGGUAUCUUUUGUAGGGAGGUCAUAUAUAUCCAAUACUGUAUUUAAUGCAGAAUGUAUCUGUACAAAUGCCACUCACACCAGUUGACUGAGUAUAUCUUUGGAUAUGGAAAAUGGGAGUGUGCAGAAUGUAUGCACAACUUAGUAGUUUUAGUAACCAAACAAAAACAGAUUGAAGAAAAUAAAAUCAGCAUCCCUGAUAUAAAAGCUACUUGCUUCCACAGUUAUGAAAAUAAUUUUUAUGAUUUAUUUAUUUUUAAGGAUGGGUACUUUGCUACAUCCAGGUGAUUCCUAUUGUUGCAGCAUUCUCCUCAGAAUCCUCCCAUUCAGGCUUUAGUUGUGUGGCAGAAGAUGGCAGAGCUACAACUGCUAGAGCAGGAGUGAGGAUCAUCACCUGUAGUCUGAACAGCAUCUGGAGGGUUAUAGGUUCCUCAUCCCUGCUCUGGUUAGUGAAUGAGGACUGGAGCCAAGCAUAUGGGACACCAUGCCUACAGUCAUUCCAUGGCACUGGGUCUUCUCUAAAAGAUGGAAACCUAAGAGUUGUAUCCAUUGAAGUCAUCUCAUUAAUGCAAGGUUUUCCACAGUGGGACUUCCUUCCUUUCCCUUCUCCCCUCCAAAUCUGUUCUGGCUUUCCCCUCCAACCCUCCAGAAGAGAUUUGAGGGGCACCAAGGAGAGAGACAGGAAGUUUCAUUGCACAGGUGGAAGUCCUUGUGCUCAUGGGGCAACUUAGUUGGGUGCAACCCAUAUUGUUCUGCCCUCCCCAGUUAAUGUCGCCACUGCACUACAGAUCACCCUGGUAAAGCACUACAUCGCUUAGUAUAACCCAUCAUAUACUUCCUACCAAUGGUCCUCUGCCGUUUGGUCCACUUUAUCUUCAUUUAGAGUGGUCAGAGGUAAAGUAAUCUGAGGGAUAGCCAUCUGAAGCACGUGAAAUAUUUGGUACCACUGAAAGGGUGGGAGGUUGACGAUCAUGCCUGGGAUUUGUGGUUCUUGUUUAACCAGAAAGGCCAUGUAGUUAAUCUUCCACCUUUCUGCCAUUUUGCUUUGACCAAUGAGAUAUACCCCUACAAUAAGGAAACAUAAGCAGAAAGUAUUCAUGGUGACUUAUACCAUUGCCAUGGAAUUCCCUUCAUUUGGAGUGUUGGUACUGUUUGAGACUGAAUAUAUUCCGCAUAGUCUAUGUUACUACGGAUUAGAAUGGGAUUCUCAUUUGAUAUUUUGUUGUUGGCAGAACUAGAGCUACCAGAAUCAAGCGGAUGAGAAUGUUAAUAUAAAACACCCUUUUGAUUUCCAAGAGUGCAGGUUUAUUAUGUAUGUUGGGCUGCUUUUUUUUUUUUUUAACUCGUAUCUAAUUUGUGAUUUGUAAAUAACCUGUAGAAUGCAACUUUUGUUUCAGGUUAUAUAAUUUUAUUUGUGUCAUUGAAUGUUGAGUCUUAGGACAUUACCUUUUUGAAACCAGUCCUUCUUUAAAAGUUAGGACAAAGCCUUCCUCUAAUGUCAAUAUUCUACACAUUCUUGGGGAAAAAAUGUUUUAGCCCUAUGUAGCAUCUUGCCUGACUAGGAUACUGAAAACUUUUUGUAAAAAUAAAAAAAAUGUUGUGUUAUGUUGUAAAUUAGUAUUAAGAUUUCUGUAUGUUUUGGCAUCUAAUGCUGAAAUCAUUUGUUUCCUUAUCUUCAAAGGGUUUUAUCUUUGUGAGCUGAGCAUGAAAGAACACAACAAAACAUAUGAAACAAUGGUUACUCUGUAGACAUUUUUCUUGGUCAGUCAGUGUGUCAGGUCUCUAAAGCCAUGACUUAACCAAAGCAGCAUGGUCUUAGCUAUGGUGCUUCUGUGAAUCAGACAACUUGCCACACGUGUGUGUGUGUGUGUGUGUUUUGUUUCCCCCCUCAAAUGAGACCUAAAUAGCAAAAUUUUAUGCAUCAGGUGUCAUCUUAUAUAUCAGAAUUGUUUCUUGGGAAAUUUGCUCUAUUAAAAUAUUUUUAGACAAAC